AGUAACCUACUACAAAACUCUCACAAUGAAAUCGUUCAUCGUAUUGGCUGUCCUCGUCGCCGCCGCCCUGGCCGGCCCCGUUAACCCCGACGGUGAAGCCGUCAUCCUCCGUUACGACGCCGACAACAACUCCGAACAAGGAGGCUACGAAUACGCGUAUGAGACCUCCAACGGCAUCCUCGCCCACGAGGAGGCCAGGAGCGUAGACAUCGGCACUGAAGUGCAAUCCUUGUUCGUCCAGGGAGAGUUCCAAUACCUGGGAACUGACGGUGUCCUCUACCGCGUGACCUACACCGCCGACAAGGACGGCUUCCACCCCCUCGGCGACCACAUUCCCCAGGCUUAG